CGGGGCUUGUUGUGAGAGGGUGAUGCACCGUCCUGCGGCCCGGGCGCGUGCACGCUGAGCCGACAUGCCGAGCCGUCAGAAGCAGCUCCUGUUCUCCGUGUGCGCGCUCCUCGCCUUCUCCUGCGCGCUCACGGCCGCCGUGGCCACCGGCCUCCCGUUCUGGGUCAGCGGGGCCGCGCUGUGCCGCACCGGGGCCGAGCUGGUCAACGCCACCGGGCCCGAACUGGACAAGUUCGUGGGCGAGCUGAGCUACGGGCUGUUCCAGGGCCGCAGGGUGAAGCAGUGCGGCCUGGGGGGCCGGAGCUCCCGGUUCUCCUUCUUCCCAGACCUCCUGAGCGCCAUCCCAGCAGGCCUGCACAUCACCGUCAUCUUCUUCUGUGGCGCCGUCAUCCUCUUCUCCUCCGUGGCCACCGGCUUCUUCUUCUUCAACGCCUUCGGUCGACCGUACGAGACGCUGCAAGGCCCCAUGGGACUUUAUGUGUGGACGCUGAUCAGCGGUGCGAGCAGCUGUCUGGUCCUCGUCCUGUUCGCCGCCGAGGUCAAGCUGCACCGCCUGUCUCAGCGCAUCGCCAACUUCAACGAGGUCAACUUCGCCUUCCAGACGCACGCGGAGCGCUACGACCGCUGCUUCUGGCUCUUCUUCCUCAUCUUCCUCCUGCACGCUGUCAACGGCCUCCUCAUCCGCCUGGCAGGAGUCACGCUUCCCUUCAGCCGCCACAAGGAGGCGCCGCUGAGCGGAGGGGCAGCCGACCUCAUGUACUGA